CCCCAACGGCACUUUCCUUCUUUACACCGCCUUUUCCAAAUUUAAAUAUUCUCAUAUCUUAUCAGACUCUCCACCAUUUCCUUAUCAGAACUUCGAAACCCUAACUUUCUCAAUCCAAAUCUCAUCUGUUCUUUUAUCUCUCUGUUUCAAUGGCGAUGGCUUUGAGACCCAUUGACAACGCGCUCCCGACGACGGCGCUGGAGCGGCCCAAAAAGCAAGCGAAAGUCGCAGUUCAAGUUCGGAAACAGCCGGAGUUUUGCACGAUCGACGAGAACAAAGCUCCGGAGUUUUGCACGAUCGACGAGAACAAAGCUCCGAAAAUGGCGGAAAACGCCGAUGUGACAGUUGAUUACAUCGCUUCCGAGAGCCUCCAGCCGAUACAAGAUCCUGAUUCCAAGAUUCAAAGCUUGAUCGAAGGAUUUGAUUCGAAGGAUUGGACUAAAGUGUGCGAGUCACUGAAUGAUGCGAGGCGUUUCGCGCUCUAUCACUCUGAUCUUCUGGUUCCUUUGCUAGAGAAAGUGAUGUUGGUACUGGUUAAGGCAAUGAAAAACCCUAGAAGUGCUCUUUGCAAGACCUCUAUCAUGGCUUCCUCCGAUAUCUUUAAUGCAUUCGGCGACAAGCUGCUCGAAUCAUCUACCUCCGAGCCCCUUGAUCACUUGCUGGUGCAGUUACUGCUGAAAGCCUCGCAAGACAAACGGUUUGUCUGCGAAGAAGCGGACAGGGCAUUAAGCGCAAUGGUGGGGUCUUUUACUCCUUUGCCUCUUCUACAAAAGCUCCGAGCCUAUGUUAAGCAUGCUAAUCCUAGAGUCAGAGCCAAGGCUGCUGUGUCCAUAUCUAAUUGCGUCUCUAAGAUGGGGCUAGAAGGAAUGAAAGAUUAUGGGUUGGUUAGCUUGGUCCAAAUGGCCGCGGGUUCGUUAAAUGAUAGACUGCCCGAGGCAAGAGACGCAGCAAGGAGUGUUCUGGUUUCAGUACACAACGCCUUUACAGAAAAUGAAGAGCAGAAGCAGGAGGCAUGGCAAGACUUUUGCCAGUCUAACUUGUCGCCUAUCCAUCUCCAGUCUGUGGUCAAAUUUACAAUGUCCUAGAAGGUAGUUUGUGGUAGUAUAACACUGGUGUAACAGCUAAAUAAGUAGCCCAAAACCCCCUCUUCAAUAAAUUUUAGACUUAUUGGUGUCGUGUAAAUGUUGUUUUUACGUGACAACUACUAUGUUUGAGAUGAUAUUGUCGUUUGUCGUAGUAUAACACUGGUGUAACAGCUAAAUAAGUAGCCCAAAACCCCCUCUUCAAUAAAUUUUAGACUACUUGGUGUCGUGUAAAUGCUGUUUUUACGUG